AUGUUGAUGGCGGGCGCUUUGCCGGCCGAGCCUGAGGGUCUCUUGGCCCUCAGUGCACUCCCGGGACAAAAGGACACCACCUGGACGAAGCUGUUCGUCGGCGGACUACCCUAUCACACGACGGAUAAGAGCCUGAGGGAACACUUCGCCGUGUUCGGUGACAUAGAGGAAGCGGUCGUCAUAACAGACAGGCAGACUAGUAAAAGCAGGGGAUAUGGCUUCGUAAUAAUGUCGGACAGAGCUGCGGCCGAGCGCGCGUGUAAAGAUCCCAACCCCAUCAUAGAUGGAAGGAAAGCAAAUGUGAACCUUGCCAUUCUAGGAGCAAAACCCAGAGGAAAUCUAGCACCAGGGUUUGGUUUGGCUGCGGCGGCAGCGGCAGGAGUGCGCGCUGGUUACCCUACUGUGCUACCUUCUCCGUAUGGGUUGUCUCCUGGGUACGUGUAUGGCGCUCCUGGUUACGUAGGGACAAUGGGCGGGGUGGGAGCUGGGGUCGGCGCUGGUGCAGGGGGCUUGGUACAACUACCUCAGUUGCAACAUGCUGCAGCGGUAGCGGCCGCAAAUCACUUAUAUGAAUACCAGGCUGCGGCUGCGCAAGGCGCUGCGGCAUAUCAGCAGCAAUACGCAGCGGCAGGAUUCGAUCCAUAUGCUACCGCCGCAGAUAUGUAUGUUUCAGCAGCGGCAGCGGCGGCUACCGGGGCAGGCUACGUAUCUCCAUACUACGCGUUGCCAGGAGGUGGAGUGCAGGCCCCUCUUUUACCCCCACUCCCAUAUCCCCCUCAGCUGCAAGAAGCGAGAAUGCAGUAG